AUGUCCGCGCUGAUGUCCUCCGCGCGCGCGCCGCGCGGCGUCGCCGCGCCGUCCGCGCCGUCGCGCGGACGCGCGCGCUCUGACCGCGUCCCGAGCGCGAUUCGAGUCGAAACGAAGACGAGAACGCGAACGAAAGCGACGACAACGACCGCGGCGGCGGGGAAGACGGAGAGGAAGAGCACGGCGUGCGGCGCGACGACGAAGAACGCCGCGGCCGCGGCCAUCGCGUCCGCGGUGACGACCGCGCUGGUGGCGAUGCCCGCGCUCGCGGAGGACGCGGCGGCGGCGUCUGAGGUGCGUUCUGUACACUGGUCCCCAUACGACCGCGUUCGCGUGGUGAACGCCGAUCCUUAA